GAUUUGUGGUGAAGAAGGAAAUAGGCAUCCUCCUCUCGCUCCUUUGAGUAAAGAGGGUGAGGUCUGACUUAUGUCAUUAACCAAUGACACAGAGGGGAGAGACUGAUUUUCAGAGAAGAAGACAAGCCAAGCAGAGACACUCUGUGAAGAUUUAUUGUCCAAACCAGGAGAGAGUUUCCCUGAUUUUCAAAGGUUUAGGCUGAAGGCCUGGAGAAAAGGUGGACUUUUUCUUUCUCUGAAAAAAGGAUUUCUGCAGCCAUGACUUCAGCUCUGUGUAGCUGCAUGACCAGCGUCCUGACCUACGAAACCUACAAGUCCGUGGUGGUGAGGAGCUGGCCUUUAGGGAUCAUGUAUCGUCUGGCGCAGCUAAUCAUCAUCUCGUAUUUUGUUGGCUACGUCUUCCUCUAUGAAAAAGCUUACCAGGUGGCCGACACAAACAUCGAGUCCUCAGUCACAACAAAAGUGAAAGGAUUUGGCAAACUUGACAACGCUGUGAUGGACGUAGCUGAUUAUAUCUACCCUCCUCAGGGCGAAGGCACGUUUAGCAUCAUUACUAAAAUCAUAGAGACGGACAACCAGUUCCAAGGAAGAUGUCCAGAGUCUGAGAAAGAGUUUAAUUGCAGCUCAAAUGCAGACUGUAUACAGCAUCUUGGCUCUGUUCAAGCUGACGGUAUGAUUACUGGUGAAUGCAACACAACUGCUGGUUACUGUGAGAUUGAAGGAUGGUGUCCAGCAGAGGAUGACAAAGUGAAAAUGAAACCAAUGCCCGAGUUUGUGAACUUCACCAUUUACAUCAAAAACAGCAUUCGUUUCCCCCUCUUCAACGUCACCAGAGGAAAUUUUAAUUCAACGAAAGAUACUAAGACUUGCAAGUAUGACAAGAUCGAAGAUCCGUUCUGUCCCAUCUUUCAAGUGGAUUAUAUUCUGAAUGAAACUCGGCAGAAUGUGACUACGCUGGCAGACAUGGGUGGUGAAAUAGGAAUAAUCAUACAGUGGAGAUGUAACCUGGACCAUGAUGUCAACUUCUGCGUUCCUAAGUACUCUUUCUCUCAACUGGAUGCUCCGUUUCAAAAUGCCAAACUCUCCAAAGGUUACAACUUCAGAUUUGCCAAAUACUACAAGACAGAGGAUGGAACUGAUUAUCGGCGUCUUCACAAAGCAUUUGCAAUUCGUUUUGAUGUUAUCGUGACCGGCACUGCAAGAAAGUUCAGCUUAAUUCCAACAGUGAUCAAUGUGAUCACAGCUGUCACCUCAGUGGGGAUGGGUACGGUUCUCUGUGAUCUCAUCUUACUGCAUUGUUCGAAAAGAGCACAGUACUAUAAAGAAAAGAAGUAUGAGGAGGUGUCAGAAGAACAGAUUAAUGAAUCCCUCACUCCAAAACCAGGAAGCCAGCUGUCAGUCAGACGAGGAAACAGCAGCUGCAAUGACUCUGGAGCCAUAUCCCUCUCCACCAAUUUUUGAUGAUAGGAAUCUGAAAGAAACUGGACAAACCUCAAUAGUUUUUCUCUCUUCACCCUUGUAACACAUUCUUACCAUUUUCUCCAGCGGUCAGGAUUUCAUAGGUGGUUGUAGGUUUAUUAGGGCGGGUAAAAUUGAUCAACAUUCCCUUCAACUUUAGUUAGCGACAAAUCAAAAUCGUUUUUUUUUUUUGUUUGUUUUUUGUUUUUUUUUUGCAAUGUACAAUUUUGAACUCAGAGAAGGAGAAUUGUAGAAGCUUUUUGAAAGUUUUCUACACAUAGCAAUAUGAAAAGUUGCUAAUGUUUUCAACCUCCCACGGGUUGCCAUGACAACCAGCUUUUGCCGCAAUGACAGCUACUCCUAAGUCAAAAGCACAGGAAAAAGGGACAUUUUUAUUCGCAAAAUAACUACAGCUCAUUCAGGCUGGAUGGAGAAUAUGCUGGAAUAGCAAUCUUCAGUCCCUGCCACAGAUUCAUGUGUGGGCUUUGAUCACUUUUCUUCAAGCAGACUGUCAGUUUGGUUGAAUUAAGUUGCACAUCUAUGGCUUCUGUUUACUAAUCAUGCGACUUCUGAAGGCAAGAAAUCGUGUCAGAUUUUCUUUGUGCUGAUCCCAGUAAAACACAUAAAAGUUUGUGGUUGUAACAGGACUAACGCGAAACAUUUGAGGGCGUAUGAAUAUUUUGAAAAUCUGAAUCAUAGGAUGUGAAUGAGUGUAAAAUGGCCAUCAGUUCAUCAGUUUCUUAAGUCCUUUUAGGUACAAUAAUGUAUCGCAUUUUGUGUGAUUAUAUAAUUUUAAAAAAUCAUAUUUUGUUUGUCAUUUUCAGCUUAGAAGUUUAUUUGUUUUCUUGCAAUACAACAAAAUGUUUGUGAUCUCAAAUAAAGACUUAAUGUGUCUUACUGUA